AUGAAAUUCCUAGUAGUAUUCGCUUUCUGCGUCCUCGCGGCUUCGGCCAAGCCAACUGAGCCUAUCCCUGAACUCAAACCCGCUCCCAUCUCCGUUGGACCUGCUAUCAUUGACGGUGCGCCCAUCUUCGUGGGACCCGCUAUCGUUGGCGGUGAAUACGAGCCCAUCUCCGUUGGACCCGCUAUCGUUGACGGUGUAUACGAGCCCAUCUCCGUUGGACCCGCUAUUAUUGACAACGAAGUUGCCGCUUCCGCAAGCUCUCCCCUAGUCCAAAUCAUUGUCAAUGUUAACCCAAACUCUGGCAUCGUUGGCAGUCCCGUGAUUGUUGAGGGUAUGCCUGAACCUGUGCCUAUUAGCGUUGACCCCGUUAUUAUUGACGAGAUCAAACCUACCCCCGUUAUUGUUGUUGGUCAGCCUGAACCUGUGCCUAUUAGCGUUGACCCCGUUAUUAUUGACGAGAUCAAACCUACCCCCGUUAUUGUUGUUGAUCAGCCUGAACCUGAACCCGAAAAUGUGAUCAUCGUCGAGCAACCUGAACCUGAAGCCCUCAUCCCUCCCGUCGUUGCCCUCCCUGGAAUUCUCAAC